CCAGGCUUGCGCGACGAGUCUAAGGCAUUUCACAAUAGACAUCCACUAAAAUUUAUUCUUCUCCAAGCUUAUUGAUAAAUUCUGUUUAACAAAUCCUUAGCAAAGAUUAAUUUUUCUUACGAACAAAAAUAUCUGUGAUAUUUUUAAAUAUUUCGCCCAAAAAAAUCAACAUCUAAAGCUGAUAAUUUUCGCAGAGGCGAAACGAGAGAAAAAAGCGUGUAUGCUGAGGCUUCGGAGGACUAGCGUGAAAAGAUCAACGUGCAUACUAAAAGUCCUUAUGCUCUGUAAACCGAUUUAUCGUCGUGACAUAAUUCCGUGCAAUAUCCUCGGAUUGAAAGGUUGGCCCCGUCGUUGGACUCACUCUUGUAGCAAUAAUUACAUUUAGAAGAUUCAAAAUAAAUGUCAGACGACAGACUAAACUCUAAUUACAUAACAACGGAGAGUAAGCUUACCAAUCUCCUGGAAAGGGAAAUGAAAACUGUAGUCAGUAAUGUAAAUAAUAAUAAUAACAAUAUUCAUGAUAUUAAUAACACCAAAAGUAAUAACGUCGAUAGCUGUAAUAAGAUUAAGUCAAAAUCUAGAGGAUCGUGUUUAGAUAGUCCAAAGAAGGGACCAGCACCUUUAGUCGGGUGGCAGAACGACAGUCCAACAGUUUGCACCACUUCGCCGAACACCAACACCAACAAUUCAUUCAACUCAACUCAGGACGAUAAGGACAACGAUUUUGGGUCUAGGAAAAGCUCAGGGAUCGGGAGAGACUCUAGCCUAGCUCUCACCAACGACCACUCGAGUAUCGACACCAUUUCUUCCCACAAAAAUGAGAGCGAGUGCGAAAGCGAGAGCUUGCUGACGCCCAGCGGUGAUCCCUUUCCCAACAAGCAAAGCAAUCAAGAGAAAAAUGACCAAGCAGAUGGAGAUGGCAUGGUAAACUUCUCAGCAGAGUCCUCGGUGGUGGAUCUGGUCUUUGAUUUGAAGAAAAACCUGGGAAGAAAUGCUACAAGCAUCGAUUUAGACUCUUGCAAUGAAGAUCCCAAGAUUCCUGACGGCGGCUGGGGCUGGAUGGUUGUCCUAGCCUCGUUGGUGAUCUCGCUGAUAGCUGAUGGAGUGUCAUUCAGCUUUGGCUUGCUGUACAUCGAGUUCCUGAACGAGUUCCGGGCCUCCAAGUCCAAGACUGCCUGGAUUGGCUCGCUGUUCAUGGCAGUUCCGCUGAUGAGCGGCCCGGUGAUGUCCGCGCUGGUCGACAGGUACGGCUGCAGGAAGAUGACCAUCCUAGGAGGCCUGAUCUCCGGGUUCGGGUUCACGCUCAGCUCCUUCGGGACUUCUAUUGAAUUUAUGUUUCUUACUUUCGGGAUAUUAUCAGGUCUAGGGUUGGGUUUGUGCUACGUAACAGCGGUGGUUAGCAUUGCUUACUGGUUUGAUAAGAAACGAACCCUGGCCAUGGGUCUAGGAGCCUGCGGGACUGGCAUUGGAACCUUUGUUUAUGCACCGCUGACUUCCUUUUGGAUCUUCGAGUACGGCUGGCGCGGAACUUGUCUUUUGUUGGGAGGUACCUUCCUGAAUCUCAUUGUUUGUGGCUGCGUGAUGAGGGACCCGGAGUGGUGGGUCAUCGAGCAAAGGAAACAGUCCAUCGAGUCACCAAGGAAGUCCAUUGUCAGGUCGGAAAAUGGAAGGUCGUGUUCGGCGAUCAGUGUUGAAGACUUUCCUGGGAUUGAGGAAUUGAGAAAACUGCUCAAGAGUGGCAAGACGCCUGAAUGUCAGCUGCAGAGCUUGAGGACCAGUCUUGUCACUCCUUGUGAUGGAACGCUGGGAUCUGAAGGAGGCUCUGGGUUCAGGAGUGUUGUUAAUCUGCCGACUUUUGUACGACAGAGUGAAAAGGUGCCGUUGGAAGUUCUUGAGUCAUUGUCAACAAACUCUCGGCUUUACAAUGUCAUUUUAGAAAAUUACCCAAGUCUUUUACUUUGCAGAAGUAUUUCUGAUAAAAAUGUUGAUCAAUCUCCAACGGGUGAAACUUCUAAUAAGGCUGGAGUAACUAUGUCUAUGAGAAUUAAGCAAGCUAAAGAAAAGAAUGCAGUUAUUAAAGCAGAAGAUGCUCCAGGAUUCGAGUGUCCUAUUGACAUGACCAAAGUCCAGACAUUGAAAGUAAAAACGGACUUUGAAAAGACAGUAGAGCAAGAAAAAUCAAAACAUCAUACUCCUGGUAUUAAUUGUGAUAUUGUCAGAACUGAUUCAUUACCUUGGCUAAGACGACAAUUCAACCCAAAUACUCAUUACUUCAAAAAUAUUAGAGUACAUAGAAAUUCUGUGAUGUAUCGUGGUGCAGUACUUAAUUUACACAAAUACAGGUUAAGGGCCAGUAGUUGUCCUGAUAUUUUUAGAAACAGUAUGACAACUCUUGCCAAAGAAAAUGAAGAGAAGUGGUACAGUGAAAUAGUAUCUCUAUUUAAAGAUAUUAUGGACUUUUCGAUGUUUCUGGAAUUGCACUUUUUAGCACUGUCUUUAUCAACCAUCACGUUGUUCACCUGGUUCAUCGUGCCUUACUUUUAUCUCGCGGAACACUUAACAAGAAACGGAUACUCAGAAGCGGAUGGCGCGCAUCUUCUCUCCAUUAUUGGAAUUUCAAGUACAAUUGGGAUGGUUUUUCUUGGUUGGGCUGGCGAUCAACCCUGGAUGAACAGAACAAAGACAUAUGCAGUAUGUUUGAUUGGCUGCGGUAUUGCAACGAUAUUUAUGAGCACAUUUGUUCAUAAUUACACGAUUCUAAUGGUGAGCGCAGCGUUCUUUGGAUUGUUAUUCAGCAGCAACUUGAGUUUCACACCGGUAAUUGUCGUUGAACUGAUUCCGUUGGAACGGUUUACCACAGCCUAUGGCUUGAGUUUACUCUGCCAAGGAAUAGGUAAUUUUGUCGGGCCUCCUUUUGCCGGCCUGCUGUUUGAUCUCACCAACACUUGGGAUCUUUCAUUUCUACAAGCCGGCGGGUGGAUUAUUGUCUCUGGUCUUCUUGUAGGUAUUAUUCCGUAUACGAAAAAUCGAAAAAUAUGGGGAAGUGGUCUCAUCGAAAUGGAACAGUAUGCAUAAAUGUGUCAUCACUUUCAUUUAUAUUUUUUAUAUUAUUUAUAUGUAUUACUUUUUGUUGGUACUAUUUGUUCUUGACUGUUAAUCAAUUAUCCAAAGAUUUAAAUGUUGUUUGAUAUAUUACUUAUUGCAUUAUUAACUUGUAUAAACAUUAUAUUAUAAAUAUUUAACAAUAUAUGUUACUUACGACUGUUAUUGUAAUAUCUAUACUUUAUUACAUUUAUAAAAGUCAUAUAAUUAUAUACAGUGAUUUUAAAAAAUAUGUAGAAAAUAAUGGGACAAAAUGUGUGAGUAAUUUAUACCACAAUAAUAAUCAAGUCAUGCCGUUAUAUAAUAAAGUGUCUAGUAAAAAAAGAAA